AUGCACAUCUUAGCACCGGCCUCCAUGGUUCUUACUCGAUUGGAAACCCAUCAACAGGAUUACGUGUUACAUGGAACUUUUGCUCUGACUUCCCUGAUCAACUACUCCUUUGGACCGAUCAGUGUCAUAUUUUGCGGUCAUUUGGGUUCAUCUGAACUAGCAACAGUUGGCCUGGCCAAUUCCGUGUUCAACGUGACAGGACUGGCGGUAGUUAUGGGUCUGCUCACAGCCUGUGACACACUUUUUCCACAGGUUUACGGAAGUCGCAACUUGGACAAAAUGGGUCUUAAUCUCCAACGGUAACUGGCCGCUCAGGCAAUCAUUUACAAUCUGGAAUCUUUGUGUUACACCCUGCUUCCUCUUGGUAUUGGUUCUGCGGCAAGCAUACGUGUUGGACACUUUCUGGGUGCCAGAAGUUCCAUUGGACCGAAAUCGGUCACUUCUGUAUCGCUGAUUGUAAUGACAACUACGGCCGGACAGUUACUCCCGAUCCUGUCUGUGUUCCAACUAUUGGAUGGACUCGGAGGUGUCUGUUCGGGUAUAAUUCGAGGGGCCGGACUGCAACAUUUUGGAGCCAUUGUCUGCUUCAUUUCUCUGUAUAUCUUUGGUGGACCCCUUGGAAUGGGAUUGAUUUUCGGUGCUCAUUACGGUAUAGAAGGCUUGUGGUAUGGUCUGUGCACUGGCGUGAUACUGUCCAGCACGACCUAUCUAAUCGUUCUUACUCGAUUGAACUGGGAGAAACAAGUUACUUUGGCUAUGAAACGGGUGAAUCCAGGAAAAUUCAAAUUGCAACCGGCGCCAGCUAGCCACAUGAAUGACGAAUGUAAGCUACAAAAUAGCUCAUAUUUGAAUUACAACCUCUUGCAAUAG